GGAUGGCAGCGCCCGCCGAGGCAGAGUCCAGCCAGCCGCUCGCUCCGGCCCCCGCGCCGCCGCCUCCGCCCGAGAAGAAGAAGCUGCAGCGGGCGCCGUCCCCGGCCAGACCCAAGGAUGUGCCCGGCUGGUCGCUGGCCAAGAGCCGGCGCGGCAGCCACCCGGGCUCGCCCGCCUCCUUCUCCGGCAAGGCGGGCGCCGGGCUGGGCCACUCGCGGCGGCUGGGGGCCCCCAAGGAGGGCCGCGGCGAGAGGAAGGCCAAGGGCGGGCAGGCGGCGGCGGGGGCCAGGGGCGCCGGCAAAGGCGCGGGCGGGCGCGCAGGGGCCAGAGGGAAGGGGCGGAGCCGCCUGGCCGCCGAGGGGGCAGCCUGUGGCGCUUCGGGGCGCCCUCAGGGGCCUGCCGGCCUGAGCCUGACGGACAGCAGCUCGGAGGUGUCGGACUGCAGCGCCUCGGAGGAGGCCAAGCUGCUCUCGCUGCUGGAGCUGGGCGGCCUGAGCGGCAGCAGCGACACCGAGUCGCCCCCCAGCAGCAGCGCCCCGGCUCAGCCCCACAGCGCCUCCGCCGACGGCCUGUCCCCGCUGCCCGACGACCCCUCCACCGCCGCCUCCCUCGCCAGCAGCCGCCUGCCGCUCAGCACCUCCCUCGCCUUCUCCGACCUCACCGAGGAGCUGCUGGACGCCGGCGUCGCCAGGGAGCUGGAGGAGCUGCGCUCCGAGAACGACUAUCUCAAGGAUGAGAUUGAGGAGCUACGUGCUGAAAUGCUGGAGAUGAGAGAUGUCUACAUGGAGGAAGAUGUCUACCAGCUACAAGAGCUCCGGCAGCAGCUGGACCAAGCCAGUAAGACCUGCCGCAUCUUGCAGUACCGCCUGCGUAAGGCAGAACGACGCAGUCUCCGUGUGGCACAGACUGGCCAAGUGGAUGGAGAGCUCAUCCACAGCCUUGAACAAGAUGUCAAAGUAGCCAAAGAUGUUUCUGUCCGGCUACAUAAUGAGUUGGAGGCAGUGGAGAAAAAGCGGAUUAAGCUGGAGGAGGAGAAUGAGGAUUUGCGUCAGCGGCUUGUUGAGAGUGAGUUGGCUAAGCAGGUGCUGCGGAAUGAGAUGGACAAACUGCGGGAGAAUUCUUUGAAGAAAAGAGGAUCAUGCUCUCUUGGAAAGACAGACAAAAAAUCAUCUGUCCAGGAGGACAGUGCGGACCUCAAAUGUCAAUUGCAUUUUGCUAAGGAGGAGUCUGCUCUGAUGUGCAAAAAACUGACAAAGGUAGCCAAAGAGAAUGACAGUAUGAAGGAGGAACUGAUGAAAUAUCGGUCCUUGUAUGGGGACCUGGAGAGUUCCCUCUCCAUAGAGGAGCUGGCUGACUCCCCUCAUUCCAGAGAGGCAGAGCUGAAGGUCCACUUGAAACUUGUUGAGGAAGAAGCUAACAUCUUGAGCCGGAGGAUAGUGGAGCUUGAGGUUGAAAACCGAGGGCUGAGGGCGGAAAUGGAUGACAUGAAGGUGCAAGGAGACAAAGAACUCUUGGGGCAAGACAUCCGCUUUUCCUUCUCCAUGACAAACUGUGGGGACUCAGGGGAGAGUAUAGUGGAACUCAGAAGACAUUUGCAGUUUGUGGAGGAGGAGGCGGAACUGCUGAGGCGAUCACUGAUGGAACUGGAGGAGCAAAACAAGCUCCUCAUGAAUGAGCUCAAUAAGUACAAGUCAGAUCAUGAUCUGGACAUCACCCUCUCUGAGGACAGCUGCUCGGUGAUCAGUGAGACCUCCCAAGAAGAGCUGGCCACUGCCAAGGUCCAAAUCAGUGAGCUGAGCGGCAAGGUCAAGAAGCUGCAGUACGAGAACCGAGUGCUGCUUUCUAAUCUGCAGCGCUGUGACCUUGCCUCAUGCCAGACCACCCGGCCCAUGCUGGAGACAGAUGCUGAGGCUGGAGACUCUGCCCAAUGCAUUCCAACGUCCCUUUGGAGAGAGGAGCCAGUUGGGGGAGAGAAUGAUGCUAAGGAGAGAUCACCUGGAAAUAGUCUUAGCAAUAUUAGCAAAUCCCAUGAAACCAGCCCUAGCUGGCCUCUCAGAUCCAAGGACUUUGAGACCCUCCUUGACAUCAGGGACCAGGCUGCGCUGGUCAGCAAAGCCAUCGAUGUCUUGAUCUCGGAUGCCAAUGGCUUCACUUCCAGCCUAAAGCUCUGCAUGGAUAAUGACUGUGCAGAACUUGUGCUGAGUGAGGCCAUGGAUAAUGAGAGCACCACGGACUCUAAACUAAUAAGUGCCAUUUUGAUGCGACUUGGGGUCCUUCAGCAGGAGCUGAACAGCUUCAUGAAGAAGGUGGAUCACAUUGGUGACUGCCUGAAAGGCCAGAAAGACUCAUUGCCAAGUUCCAGCUCCCAGGAUGCCACAAAAGAGGCUUUGCGAAAAGAGCAUAACUCUGAAUUCCAGCAGUCUGACUUUAGGGAGGCCCCAGACUGGGACAUCGGGGAGAGCAGGCCCUCUGACCUCUACCACAGCAGUAGCAACACCAACACCACUGAUGUGGAUGCCAAUGUGGAACUUGACCGGAGUUACAAGUCAUACCAACCAGAGGAAAAAGACUCCUAUGCAUCUGAGAUCAAGGAGUUGCAGUUGGUUCUGUCAGAGGCCAAUGAGAGUUUGCGGGGCCUUCAGGAACAGCUCUCCCAGGAGAGGCAACUGAGGAAGGAGGAAGCAGAGAACUUUACCCAGAAAAUCUGCCAGCUGAAGGAUGAUCACCAGAAGGCCCUCCUGAGGCGGGAAUUUGAGCUGCAGAGCCUGAACCUUCAGAGGAGGCUGGAGCAGAAAUUCUGGAGCCAAGAAAAAAAUCUUCUGGUGCAGGAAUCCCAGCAGUUCAAGCAAAAUUUUUUGCUCCUUUUCAUGAAGCUCAAGUGGUUCCUGAAACGUUGGAGGCAGGGCAAGAUUCUGCAGAAUGAAGGCAAUGACUUCUUGGAGGUGAAUAGCAUGAAAGAACUGUACCUGCUGAUAGAAGAAGAGGAACUGAACCCCCAGCAGCCAGCAGAUAACAAGACGUGUAUUGGAGACGGCUGGUUUCAAAACAUGCAGCCCAGUGAGUACAUUAAGACCCUGUCAGACAUUAAGGUGAUCUUAAAGGAGCUGUGCACAGAGCUGCAUGAAGAGAGGAGAGGCAUGAAUGAACUGCAGCAACAGUUUGUCAAGGCCAAAGCGACCUGGGAGAUGGAGAGGACGGAGCUCAAGUGUCUCAUCACUCAGCUGGAAUCCAAGGGUGGGAAAGGCCUGACGGAGCGAGCACUCUCUGACUGGAAAGCAGCUCUGAAGAGGGAGCGGGAAGAACACCAGCACCUCUUGGCUGAGUCCUACAGUGCUGUCAUGGACCUGACCAAACAGCUGCAAAUCAGCGAGAAGAACUGGGACCAGGAGAAACUGGAGCUCUUGGGCCACUUCAAGGUUGAGCAGCAGGCAGCAGAGCAGCAAGUGCGGGAGCUGCAGAACAAGCUGAACCAGCUGCAGAAGGGAGCUGACCGCUGGGCUUUGAAAAAUUCAGAGAUGGAGAAGCAUGGCAGUAGCUGGAAAGAGACUCUCAACGAGAAGAUCACUGACAAAGAAACCAUUUCUGAAACGGACAUCAAAGAAAGUAAUCUAAAAAGGACAAAGUCGGUUUCCUCAAUGUCUGAAUUUGAAAGCUUGCUCGACUGUUCUCCUUACCUUCCUGGCAAGACCAGCCCAGUGAUCACAGAUAAUGCCAACAUGAAAAAGGGAUCCCCAGCUACUCAGAUCUUACCUGACACAUUAAAGGAAACAGUAGGGGUCACCCACAAUAACUGUGCUCAUAAUGAGCAACCCAGAUCUGAGAACCAGGCCACAGAGGACCUCCCUGUCUCAUCGUGUGACUGUACCAAGACAAGCAGCUUGUCUGUGCAGGAUCAGUCCCAGAAACAAAUGCAGAGGAGCCACACAGCCCCAGACAAGACUGGGAUCCGCAUAUACUAUAGCCCUCCGGUGGUACGAAGGUUGGAAGCGCCUCUAGUGCAGAACAGAGAGGGGAAGAUUAUGGUUGAGCCUGGCUUCUUGUUCACAAUGGCCAAGCCCAAGGAGGAGUCGGACCACUCAGAAAACAUGUACAGCAGGUGGCUGUGCAACUUCUCCAAGCAGCACCGUGAGCUGCUUGAUGGAAGUACUGUUAGCGAAAAAGCUGUGACUUCCGUCCCCAGAUUUCCAUCCUCCCUGCAUGACCUGGAGAUCUCUGGCAACAUGAGCGACGACAUGAAGGAGAUCACCAACUGUGUCCGGCAGGCUAUUCGCUCCAGCUCUCUUGAGAGAAAGGUGAAGAGCGCUUCCAGCCAGACAGUGGGGUUGACCAGCAUCAGUACUCAGACCAUCCAGACUGUCAGCGUUGGCCUACAGACGGACAUGCCCAGAGGCAGCAUUCACAGCAGCAAAAGCUGGUCCCCCCGGAGCUCCUCCCUCAUAUCUGUGCGCAGCAAGCAGAUUUCCUCAUCUCUGGACAAAGUCCACUCCAGAAUUGAACGGCCCUGUUGCUCACCAAAGUAUGGCUCCCCCAAACUCCAGAGAAGAUCAUCUUCUAAGCUGGACAAUUCUAAAGAUCGAAGCCUGUGGAACCUCCAUCAGAGUAAGCAAAAUGGGUCCGCUUGGGCUCGUUCUACAACCACCAGAGACAGUCCAGUCCUUAGCAAUAUUAAUGAUGGCCUAUCUAGCUUGUUCAAUGUUGUGGAGCAUUCUGGGAGUACUGAAUCCAUCUGGAAGCCAGGGUGCCAGGAAAGCAAAGCCAAGCCAGAAGCACCCAAGUACGGGAUAGUGCAGGAGUUUUUCCGGAAUGUGUGUGGCAGAACUCAGAGCCCCACUUUACCUCCUGAGAAGAAGGACCCCAUAGCAGUAGAAAGCAGCAGCAAGAAGGCAGACCAUCCAUCUUUAACUGUGCCUCACCAGUCUGAAAGUACCUCCAAGACCCUGGACAAAAAACCCUUGAAGCAGGGUUGCAUUGAGGAACCAAAGCUGUCCACUUUGAGCCAAGGAGGCAAGGACAGAGCCUUAAGGGAGCCGGACAUCAUUUCUGCUACUAUUGCCAAUGAGGAUGUUGCUUGUGACUGCAGCUCCCAAUCGCUGACCUCCUGUUUUGCUCGGCCCUCACGCUCAUCUGUCCGCCACUCCCCUUCCAAGUGCAAGUUGCACCCCACUGAUGGCAGCCGGGCAGAGGAGAGGGUGGGGCCACUGAGUGAGUGAAAGGGGCUGCUGUGCUGGCUGCUGUGCUGAUGGAAGAGCGGCUCCUCCCUGAACCUGCUGGUCCCUUUGGCAACUCAAGGACUGGCUGCCUCUGAGAAAGCCAGACACAGCAGAGAUCCUGAGGGGCUCCACUCUUAGACACUCAGAGCAGUAACAUGCAUCUCCUGUCUCUCCUUAGCAGGGGUGCUGGCAAACACAGAAGCUGUGCUAUAGAGCUAGGGGACAGAGUGGGAGCCUUGCCGGGGUGGGGUGGCUUCUUGUCCCUGGAAACCCUUCAGCCACACUCCAUAACAGAGGAGCAUUGCUGGAGUGUAAUGAAGCAGUUUGUGCUGUUUCCAUGGCACAUGGUGUGUGUAUGCAGUGUGGAGUGUGGCAGGUUUUCCCCAAUGGUCACCAGUUUGAGGAGAUGGAUCCCCUUUCCCAUGCAAAGGGCGUCAUGGUGAGAAGGGACAGGGAAUUUGGGGAAGCAUCAAAGAGGCUGCCUUGGUCUAAAGGGAGCGGAAACCACAGUCCUUCAGAAACAGUGCAGAGCUGGUUUUGAGGGCCAUUAUCUGCUAGAAAAGCUGUAUGAUAAAGAAUCCCCCCUCCUCCCCAAAAAUGAGGUUCUUGUGUUAUAUAGAGGGAAGUGUGGGGUGGGGAGAAUCUGUUUUGAUCUAAUCUUUGCU